AUGGCGGACACCGGGGACGGUAUCCUACAUCGUAUAUUCGUAUAUGGAACAUUGAAGAAGGGGCAACCGAAUCAUAAUCUGAUUACAAACCCGUAUAACGGCACAGCCAUCUAUAUUGGCAAAGCUCGGAGCGUAGAUCGCUGGCCAUUGGUAGUGGCUUCUGCCCUUAACAUCCCGGUAAUAUUGGACAAGAUUGGGCAUGGCCAGGAGAUACAAGGCGAACUUUAUGACGUAGAUGAUAACAAGUUGACGUCAUGCGAUUACCUGGAGGACCAUCCAAGAUGGUACCUGCGACGAAAAAUAGAUGUGGAGUUGUCAACCAAGCCUGUGAGACGAGAGCACGUGUGGGCUUAUGUUAUGCAUAAUUUUAAAGAGGAGUUCCUAGAUCUACCGAUGUUAAAGAGUUAUGAUGCAGAGGAUUUUAAAUUCAUUCUUCCUUCUGAACGUUCUGGUUUCAAAGAUGUAAUUUCUCUCUUCAAACGAUAA